CCUCUCACUGGUCACAUGAGACUCUAAGGCUGUAGCCUGUCCUAUCGACAGUUUGGAACAACUUUGGAAAACUGAGAUUUAUUACCACGUAAACACCUAUUUUUCACCAAAUGAAACUAUGUAGAGGACUUAAUUUCGGACAGUAUGCAGAAAUCACAUUUGGGAGUAGCUGGGACGGUUUUCGAGUCCAGCGGUUGAAGAAAAGCGAUCAUCAGACGAAGUUUCUGUAGGGGAAAAAAGUUGAGUGCAACUCGUCUGUCUGAGGUUUGUGGGACGGGCCGUCUGGCUGGCUGGAUGCGUGUUUUCAGCGCCGAGGAGUUUGGAAAUUCACGAAGGAAACUAACAUAACUAUUUCAUUUGAUGGUGCAGGAUUAUAAUGUUUUGACAGUUUAUUAAAUAACGAAUUACACAAAACACUAUAAGAACUUUCAAAAUUAAAAUCCACAAAAACAAAUUAAACUACAAAGAAUAUCCGUUCUUUGUAGUCAGUUUAGGGGGUCGUCUUCCAUUUAACUCUGAACCAUUUCUCGUUUUGGAAUCAUUCGUUAUCAUUCAUAAUUAACUGUUCAGUUGUUUUAAUUGGACGCAUCACCUCUGGAAGGCAACAUGGACGCGCGACAGGGUCAGUGCGCGCCCCCGGUGGGGCAGCAGAUCGUGCACGUCCGCGGGGACUCCCAGACGGAUCUGGAGGCUCUGUUUAACUCCGUGAUGAACCCUAAAACCUCCGCCCUGCCCCCCUCCUCUCUGCCUAUGAGGAUGAGGAAACUUCCAGACUCCUUCUUCAGACAGCCGGAUCCCCGAUCACACUCCAGACAGGCCAGUUCAGAUGGGACCAUCGUUGGGUCUCUGACACCUCAUCAUGUGCGUGCCCACUCCUCUCCCGCCUCGCUCCCCAUCAAUGCCCUUUCUGCCCCAGCAACCAGUGCCAUGGCAACACAGCCGCUCCCUGACGACGUGCCCCUCCCUCCGGGCUGGGAGAUGACCAAGACUCCCUCAGGACAGUGCUACUUCCUCAAUCACCUGGACCAGACGACCACAUGGCAUGACCCCCGUCUCUCCCAUCUCCAGACCAACGCAGCGGCCCACCUGCUCUCUGCUCCCCCGCCACACACACACACCCUCGCACACCCUGCACCCAACACACACACACAGAGUAACACCAGCUCCAACACAGGCCCCCUCCCAGAGGGUUGGGAACAGGCAGUGACUCCUGAAGGAGAGGUCUACUACAUCAACCACAUCACCAAGACCACCUCCUGGUUAGACCCACACCUAGUCCAGAGUGCUGUAGCCCAGGUGAAGCCCUCAACCCUGACUUCUGAUCCGGUUGGCAUUGCGACAGUGGUAACCAAGCGCAGGCAGCAGCUGCAGGUGGAGAAGGACAGGCUGAGGCGGAAACAACAGGACCUGGCCCGUCCAAUCAGAGUACAGUGUAACCCGUGUCAGGAUGUGGCGGUGAGGAGCGGACUGGAGCAUGAUGGGAAAAUGAGGAACAACCAUGUAGACCCCGCCCUCAACGGGGCCCACUCCCGUAACCAGAGUACUGACAGUGGUCUGAGUGUCAGCAGCUUCACACGGACACCUGAUGACCUGCUGAACACUGUGGAACUCAUGGAUACAGGUGACUCUGGAGCAGGCCAGCCAAUGGCAUUCCUGGAGGCAGGCCCAGGGGUGUGCAUGGCUACCGAUGGGGAGGAGCUAAUGCCCAGCAUCCAGGAAGCCCUGAGCUCAGACCUCCUGAGUGACAUGGAUACUGUUCUCUGGUUAUAGACACACACUAUAGAUACACACACACUAUAGUCACACACACACAUACACUCUAGACACACGCACACACAAUAUAGACACACCUACCUGGCUAUAGACUCUACACAACAGUAGUACAUAAUGAACUGACUUGAUGGGUUAUAGACUACACAACAGGGAACGAGACUCAGACUCUGCCCCUCCACUUCCUCUCCUGUCUGUUACCUGUCUUCCUUGAACUUAGCUGGCCACUGAUUGGCUGGUUUCCCAGGAUGUAACCCAGUAGACACUGUGGCCCUUGACGACAGGAGAUAUAGCGAUACAUGAUGUGGUACUGAGGAGACACUGUGGCCCUUGACGACAGGAGAUAGAGCGAUACAUGAUGUGGUACUGAGGAGACACUGUGGCCCUUGACGACAGGAGAUAGGGAGAUACAUUAUGUGGUACUGAGGAAUGUGGCUAGUGUUUUCUUCCUCGAUCUCUCCCUCUCUCCUCCCUCUCUCCUUCCCCCUCUCCUCUCCCUCCUCCUUUCUCCCUCCCUCCUUCCCUUUCCCAGGAGAGAGAAUCUUCAGUUUGCCUUUCAUCCCUGUAUACCUCACACCUGCCUUCCCAUAAGUAUGUAUCUUUGUUAGUUAUGCCCACAUAUAUCAACAAACAAUCUUCUUUAUAAGUGGUACAAUUUCUCAACAACGUGUUGUUUAACUUGCAGGCUGCUAAAUUGUGAGGCACGAGAGAUUAACAGAAUAUUCCUCCACAUCAGCAGUUGUAAUAGAAUUGACCAGUUAUAACGUCCAUCCAGAACCUUCCUAAAGUAUUCACACCCCUUGACUUAUUCCACAUUUUGUCGUGUUGCCAUGUGGGAUUAAAAUGGAUCUACACAACAUACUCAGUAAUGUCAAAGUGGAAGAUUUUGACAUUAGGUACAUUUGAAGUUGGAAGUUUACAUACACUUAGGUUGGAGUCAUUAAAACUAGUUUACAUACACUUAGGUUGGAGUCAUUAAAACUAGUUUACAUACACUUAGGUUGGAGUCAUUAAAACUAGUCUACAUACACUGAUGUUGGAGUCAUUAAAACUAGUCUACAUACACUUAGGUUGGAGUCAUUAAAACUAGUCUACAUACACUUAGGUUGGAGUCAUUAAAACUAGUUUACAUACACUUAGGUUGGAGUCAUUAAAACUAGUUUACAUACACUCAGGUUGGAGUCAUUAAAACUAGUCUACAUACACUUAGGUUGGAGUCAUUAAAACUAGUCUACAUACACUUAGGUUGGAGUCAUUAAAACUAGUUUACAUACACUCAGGUUGGAGUCAUUAAAACUAGUUUACAUACACUCAGGUUGGAGUCAUUAAAACUAGUUUACAUACACUCAGGUUGGAGUCAUUAAAACUAGUCUACAUACACUUAGGUUGGAGUCAUUAAAACUAGUUUACAUACACUUAGGUUGGAGUCAUUAAAACUAGUUAACAUACACUUAGGUUGGAGUCAUUAAAACUUGUUUUUCAACUACUCCACAAAUUUCUUUUUAACAAACUAUAGUUUUGGCAAGUCGGUUAGGACAUCUACUUUGUGCAUGACACAAGUAAUUUUUCCAACAAUUGCUUACAGACAGAUUAUUUCACUUAUAAUUCACUGUGUCACAAUUCCAGUGGGUCAGAAGUUUGCAUACACUAAGUUGACUGUGCCUUUAAACAGCUUGGAAAAUUCCAGAAAAAUGAUGUCAUGGCUUUUGAAUCUUCUGAUAGGCUAAUUGACAUCAUUUGAAUCAAUUGGAGAGCUUCUGAUUGGAGGUGUACCUGUGGAUGUAUUUCAAGGCCUACCUUCAAACUCAGUGCCUCUUUGCUUGACAUCAUGGGAAAAUUAAAAUAAAUCAGCCAAGACCUCAGAAAAAAAAUUGUAGACCUUCACAAGUCUGGUUCAUCCUUGGGAGCAAUUUCCAAACGCCUGAAGGUACCACAUUCAUCUGUACAAACAAUAGUACACAAGUAUAAACACCAUGGGACCACGCAGCCAUCAUAUCGCUCAGGAAGGAGACGCGUUCUGUCUCCUAGAGAUUAAUGUACUUUGGUGCAAAAUGUGCAAAUCAAUCCCAGAACAACAGCAAAGGACCUUGUGAAGAUGCUGGAGGAAACAGGUACAAAGUAUCUAUCCACAGUAAAAUGAGUCCUAUGGACAAGUUUUCCUCUAGAACUUUGCCUGUGCUUAGCUCUAUUCUGUUUCAUUUACCUUAAAAAAAACUCCCUAGUCCUUGCCGAUGACAAGCAUACCCAUAACAUGAUGCAGCCACCGCCAUGCUUGAAAAUAUUAAGUGCUGGAUUUACCCCAAACAUAACACUUUGUAUUCAGGACUUAAGGUUAAUUUCUUUGCCAUAUUUAUAUUUAUAGUUUUACAUUAGUGCCUUACAGGAUGCAUGUUUGGAAUAUUUUUAUUCUGUACAGGCUUCCUUCCUUUCACUUUGUCAUUUAUGUUAAUAUUGUGGAGUAACUACAAUUGUUGAUCCAUCUUCAGUCAGGGACAUCCAUCCUCCUAUCACAGCUAUUAAACUCUAAUUGUUUUAAAGUCACCAUUGGCCUCAUGGUGAAAUCUCUGAGUGCUUUGCUCCCUCUCUGGCAACUGAGUUCAGAAGGGCGCCUGUAUCUUUGUAGUGACUGGAUGUAUUGAUACACCAUCCAAAAUGUAAUUAAUAACUUCACCAUGCUUUUUUAAAUUUGGGGCGGCAGGGUAGCCUAGUGGUUAGAGUGUUGGACUAGUAACCGAAAGGUUGCAAGUUCAAAUCCCCGAGCUGACAAGGUACAAAUCUGUUGUUCUGCCCCUGAACAGGCAGUUAACCCACUGUUCCUAGGCCGUCAUUGAAAAUAAGAAUUUGUUCUUAACUGACUUGCCUAGUAAAAUAGUUUUUUUUGUUUUUUUUGUUACCCAUCUACCAAUAGGAGCCCUUCUAUGCGAGGCACUGGAAAACCUCCCUGGUCUUUGUGGUUAAAUCUGUGUUUGAAAUUCACUGCUCGACUGAGGGACUUUACAAAUAACUGUGUGUGAGGUACAGAGAUGGGCUAGUCAUUUACAAAUCAUGUUAAACACUAUUAUUGUACACAGAGUGAGUCCAUGCAACUUAUUUUGUGACUUGUUAAGAACAUUUUUAAUACUGAACAUAUGUAGGCUUGCCAUAACAAAAGGGUUGAAUACUUAUUGACCUUUCAGCUUUUUAUUUUGUAUUAAUUUGUAAAACAUGCUAAAAACAUAAUUCCACUUUGAUGUUAUGGGAUAUUGUGUGUAGACCAGUGACAAAACAUUACAUUUUAAUCCAUUUAGAAUUCAGUCUGUAAAACAAGAAAAUGUGGAGAAAGUCAAGAGGUGUCAAUACUUGUAUGUAUUUGUAUGUAGCUAUAAUAAUGGGACAGAAUGUUACAUCAGUCUGGGACAGUUAGGCUGCGUUUACACAGGCAGCCCAGUUCUGAUACUUUUUCCACUAAUUGGUCUUUUGACCAAUCACACCUGAUGUUAUCAUAGAUCUUUUUCAGAGAUGAUCUGAUUGGUCAAAAGACCAAUUAGUGAGAAAAAAAAUAUCAGAAAUGGGCUGCCUGUGUAAACACUGCCUUAACACACAACCCUACAGAACACACACACACCAUGUAAAUUAAAGCAAACCUAUUAUGCAUGAUGCUAUGUGUUUUAUAAUACAGUAUUGAUGCUAGGUGUUUUAUAAUACAGUAUUGAUGCUAGGUGUAUGGAACUCUAUUUCCUGUCUGUUGUUCUGUUUCUCUGCCUGUAGUCUGUCCAUAGUAUGUCUGUCCAUCGUAUGUUUGUCUGUCUAGUCUGUCUGUCUGUCUGUCUGCCUGUAGUCUGUCCAUAGUAUGUCUGUCCAUCGUAUGUUUGUCUGUCUAGUCUGUCUGUCUGUCUGUCUGCCUGUAGUCUGUCCAUCGUAUGUUUGUCUGUCUAGUCUGUCUGUCUGCCUGUAGUCUGUGUAUCACCUUAGAACAACUCAAUAAUAACUGAUACUCAGAACUAUUAUUUAGUAUUUUGAUCAUGUUUAUAUAUGCAUGUGUUUUCAAAUGCAGUUCAUCUUUAUAUUUGUGUAAUCAUUUUUAAACCAAGCUAUAGUAGAAUAAACUUUGACAAUCUG